AUGGAUUUCCCCGGAUGCAACGCCAUCCAGCUAGCAGCUGCAGCGGGCUGUAACGUAAGAGCCACAGCACCAGGCAAGAAAUUCGACUACGAACACGGCCUCAGAGCCAGCCAAGUGAUUGACAAGUACAGCACAAGAGCCAAGGAGGAACUCUUAGAGAUACUAAAGAAACCAGAACAGACAAACCUCCUGGGUGCAAUCGAUACCGAAGAAACGGAUAUUAGCACCGCAAUCUGCAAAGCUGUCGUUGGAAACCGUCCAGUAGCAUCUGCAUCAGCUUCUCACGUGCCAGAUGCAAAUGUGGUCAAGGACCACGAGAUAUGUUACAAGAUCUUCAAGGAGUUUCUUCCUAAAGCGCUGAGUGAAAAGAGUUAUGUUGUCGCUCCAAGCCCUGUGUAUCCUCCGAAGAUUUCACAUCUGCUUGCGACUGUUGAGGACGCGCAGAAAAAGGUUGUUACUCCUGUGCAUUGUCCCUACGGUGUAGAGGAGAUAUGGAAGGCUGAGGUAGUUGCUAUCAAAUAA